GGGAAUUAACGAGAGCGUCAUCCAAUGUGAGCGCAGGGUGCGCGUGGCGCUGGCAAAACCUCGUGAUAACGCAGGCACAGUGAUGCGAAAGUGGCGGCGUGAGACGAGCCCGGAGGAAAUGACUGGACCCAAAACAAAGCACGAGCGAGGGAUAAAAUAUUAGAAAUUAACACGUGUGAAUAAUGAUGUUUUAACAGCUGUGCGCGUGAGGAAAACAUGACCGGUUUGUCCAUUACGCAGUCCAUCAGCUGGCGCGGCUGAAAAUCUCUCCUCUCCUCUGGAUUGUGGAUUGUGACAAGUGCCAGGACAGCAAGCAAAACAGGACCAGGACUACAACACGUAGCGGGGAUUGUCACUCCGCCGCCUGCGAACGGGAGGUUUCUCUCCACUUUUCGUCUGACAGCACACCCUCCCGGAGCCAAGACGUUGUUCCGCGUAGACCCGGGUUGCCCCAGUCCGAGCAGCGCAGUCCGUAGGUCGGCACUCGGCGCCCUGCAGGCCGGAGACAUGAUGGUCCACUGUGCCGGGUGCGAGCGGCCCAUCCUGGACCGGUUCCUCCUCAACGUGCUGGACAGAGCCUGGCACGCCAAGUGCGUCCAGUGCUGCGAGUGCAACUGCAACCUCACCGAGAAGUGCUUCUCCAGGGACGGGAAGCUCUAUUGCAAAAUGGACUUUUUCAGGCGCUUUGGCACUAAAUGCGCGGGCUGUCUGCAGGGAAUCUCGCCAAGCGACCUGGUGCGCAAAGCCCGCAGCAAGGUGUUCCAUCUCAACUGCUUCACCUGCAUGGUGUGCAACAAGCAGCUGUCCACGGGAGAGGAGCUCUAUGUCAUAGACGAGAACAAGUUCGUGUGCAAAGAAGAUUACUCGAGCUCCGGGGCCAUUAAUGAAGUCAACUUAAAUUCAGUGUCAUCGUGUACAGACAGGAGUUUAUCGCCGGAUCUGCAGGACCCAAUACAGGACGACAUAAAGGAGACGGACAAUUCCACGUCCUCAGAUAAGGAAACGAACAAUAUUGAGAACGAGGAGCAGAACUCUGGGACCAAACGGCGGGGGCCCCGGACCACCAUCAAGGCCAAGCAGCUGGAGACGUUAAAGGCCGCGUUCGUCGCCACGCCGAAACCGACCCGGCACAUCCGGGAACAGCUGGCCCAGGAAACGGGACUAAACAUGCGAGUCAUCCAGGUUUGGUUCCAGAACAGAAGAUCCAAAGAGCGACGAAUGAAGCAGCUGAGUGCUCUGGGGGCCCGGCGGCACGCCUUCUUCAGGGGCCCGAGGAGGAUGAGGCCCCUGGGAGGCAGGCUGGAGGAUCCUGACAUUUUAGGACCUGGGGCCUACGGCUACUACGGAGAAUACCAAGGCGACUAUUAUGGACCAGGGAGUAACUACGACUUCUUCCCUCACGGCCCCCCAUCCUCGCAGGCUCAGUCUCCAGCCGAGUCUCUCUACGUCCUGGGCUCUGGACCCGGAGCCAUGGAGGGAUCAGGGCACCACCCUUCAGACGACCAAAGGUUCACGGACAUGAUCUCCCACGCGGAAACCCCCAGUCCGGAGCCGGGCUUACCGAGCUCCCUGCAGCCUGUCCCGGGGGACGCUUACGGGGGCGGACCCAGUCCUCCUUUCUCCUUGGCUAGUAACUCCAGCUACAGCGCUCCGAUGUCCCACCAAGGACAGGAGAUGGGUGAAACCACAGCCUGGUAAAGGACAAACCACAGGGACCAUUCCUAGGCUGAAUGUCAGCCUAGUUAAUUCAGGAGAUGAAUACAAUAAAACACACAUUGUGGAGUGAAAAAUACAGCUGACAUUUUUAUGGAGGACUUUUUAAAAUCAUGGACUGAUUUUCACAAUAAUUGACGAACUGAAAGAAAUGGAAUCAAGAACAGGACAGGCUGCUGGAAAAAGUAAUAUUUGCUGCCCAGUAGACACUCCAAAGCAUAUCCCUUCCUGGAUUACUGGACUUGAAUUAUUAAAAAAAAAUAAAUAAAUUGGGAUUCCACCCAGCAAAAAUGCUUCUCACCUUCCCCUUGAUAUUAACGAAGGUAUCUUCUAAAGCUCUACGAGCACAUUAGAGAGAAAUGCCAACGGGGACAUCUUUGGUUCUCUUCAUUUCUCACCACAUUUGUUUGUUUUUGUUAAAACGUUGCUUUAAAGCAUUACUUUUUUCAUUCUGUUCAUUGUUAAGUUGCCGCUCUCCCCUCAAACUUAAAAAGACAAAGGAACAGGUUUUAAUACACGCUUUAAUGUUCAUAUACAAAUACGUAGGUGGCAAUCGAGACACGAUUAGUCAAAACCGUCGCUUUAAAAACAUUCUUCUCUGUAAGACAUGUCAAAUCAAAGGCUGCUUCUUCAUAGAAACUGUACACACACACACACACACACACACACACACACACACACACACAUGCACACACAAUGCUUACAUUGACUUUUUAAGCACACAUCUCAGCUUUGAGUCCCUUAAUGCACAAAAAGCAUUCUUGACCAUAGCCCAAAAGAAGGAUGUCUAUACUAUUAUUCAAAACACGGACACAAUUAUGCAGACACUUGUACUCACUCAAGCGUGCGUGCGCACACACACACACACACACACACACACACACACACACACACACACACACACACACACACACACACACACACACAGCCGGCCCUGAUAGUUCUGCUCAGCAGACUGCUUCACCUGACCUUCCUUUUGUUACUGUCCCUUUAAAAAAAAAACAUGUUUUAAUGGAAAUGAUUUUCAAAAGAACAUUGAACCCAUAAUGGAGAAUCUACUUCAACAGCUGAGGUCUCCUUCCUCUAAAGAGAGAAAACAAAAGAGGGGGCAGACAACAUCUGUGACAUUGCCUCUGUCGGCUCUGAAGCGCUCAUUGCCAUCUAGUGGCCUUAAGACACACUGAAUUAAAAAUCAGCUCAAAGCAGCAGCAGCAGCAGCAGCGUCCGGCUGUGUGUUUGGGAACAUCUUUGUGCCGAAGACAACAAAUUCAUGUUGGUUUAUUUUCUCUAAAUAAUGACAAUAAAUAAUUCUGCAGCUUCAAGUUUCAUCAGGGCCUCAAUUUGAAAAGUCAGCCUUUGUGGAACUACAUUAAAAGAAACACAAAUAUGUUUACCUCUCGUUAUAAUAAAGCAUCUGAAAGGACACCUACCAGGUUAGCUGAUGUUAUUUGAAACAACACCUCCCAUAACGCUGUCAAAUCCAUCUUGUCUUUCAGCUCUUGUUUCGUCACACGUAACAACGUCUUAAGCUAAACUCAUCCAACACUUGUAAUGCUGUUUGUCCACAAAAGUUCUCUCUACUUGAAAUAUUGUUUUGAGAUUAUUUGCGUUUCCUUUUGGACAUUGUAUAAGAUCUAGAGAGAGUGUGUCUUAUUUCUGAUGUAUUGAGAUAUUCUUGGAUACAAAAGCGUGUGUGUGUGUGUGUGUGUGUGUGUGUGUGUGUGUGUGUGUGUGUGCUUGAGCGCUUGGGGAUGUGCAUAUGCGUGCUCAUGUGCGUGCGUGUGUGUGCAUUUAAAUGGGCAAGGCUGUAUUAUUUCUAUGUAAAUAGCACUGGUAAUAAAACCUUCUCUUACAA